AUGGCGGGCGCCCGGGCCCGGCCAGGGCGGCGGGCGGCGCCGGGCAGCGCUGUGGCGGCGGCGUGCUGGACGCUGCUGGUGUGGCCGUUGUCCUCGGUCUCAGCACAGACUCUGAAGCUGUCGGCCACGCUGACGAUCGAGAAGACCGACGACAAGGCGAAGACGAACGACAGCGUGGCGGGGCUUCUCGCCUACGCGAAGGAGAAGAAGCUCGAGGCCAACGUCGUCCGCUUCCUGGAGAACACCCUGCAGCAGCUCUCCAAGGUUAUGGACGCCGCCAAGGUGGUCGAGGAGCAGAAGGCCGUGCACGUCCCCAGCGAGUUUUGCCCCGCGAAGUACAAAGUGAAGUCCAUGCCGAAGCUUCAGGCCAAGAAGGUCUCUGUGAAAAAGAUUACCGCGAAGGAUCUGCAGGCACGCCUCGAGCAGGGCAAGGACCUCAGCUUCAAGGAGCCCCUGCUUGUCACCAACGCCACCGGCCUGUUCCAGUCUGGAAAGUGGGACGCCAUCAGGAGGCACUGGCACGCUGGUCGCAUCAUGGAAGACGACCACCUCGAGAGCAACUUCAAGAUCGAGUAUUGGGCCCCCGACAAGGCGCGCGCCCGGCUCGUCGGCAACAUGCUGCAGAUGGAGGAGCCAGAGGUUGUUUCGUUCUCUCGUUACAUUGUCAUCUGCUUCCACGGCACCCCUGCCAAGCCCAAGCUGCCCGGCCAGAACACCGAGCACUGCGAGCAGGUGGUGGAUGCUACCAAGAUGGUGCACAACCUUUCGGAGCUGGAGGAGCUGAACAUCUUCCCGAAGGUGAAGAAUGCACUGCCCCUGCAGGCCGCAUUCAGGCAGAAGCUGCUGGAGGCUGCUGGUGGUGAGCUGUCCAGCAUCCUCGGUAAGGGCGCCGAGAAGUGGAAGCAGGGCACGGGGAACCUGCCCUACAGGCACUUCGCCUUCGGGCCCUCGGGCUCUGGCGACAAGCUGCACGCGGAGAACGCGCUGCCAGUCUUCGACAUCCUCAUACACGGGUCGAGGCGGUGGCUGCUCCUGAAGGAGGACGAGAUGGAGCGGGUAGCCCAGAAGGCGAGGGAGGCUCUCGAGUUCGACAAGACUUCCGCGUAUAUGUUCUUCGAGGAGAAGCUGCCAGAGCUUAAGGAGGAGUUCGGGCUGAAGAAGUAUGUGGAGUUCAACCAGCAGGCGGGCGACCUGGUCGUGGUGCCGUCCGGAUGGUACCGCGUCUCCCUAGCGCUGGCGGACUCCAUAUCGUAUUUCCAGAGCAUCCUGGCCGAGAAGGCAUCUGCGCUUGUUUGA